UAUUUGUUGAUUGUCAGCGACGUGAUAGUGUCGUGUUCAGGACAUCAUGCGGACAUUACUGAUAUGUAUGCUGUGUGCAGCCACAGCUUAUGCUCAAUUUGAUUCGCCUUCGCCACCAAGAAUCCAAAUAAACGGUGCUGUCUUAGCUGGAGGAAGACAAGGGGGCCUUCGACAAGGAAGGCUACAAGCUGCACCAGCUCCGGUCGGUGUUGCUAGAAUAAGGAGGCCGGGGCUUGCCAGGCCAUCAUUUAAAUCUGUAGACGCAGCGCCGCGCCCAAAUCUCCAAUUCCUUGAUGAGAUAUCCAAACCUGUUACCGAAGAACCUGAAGACGAUAUUGACAUCAACACACCAACUCCUUACAUACCUAAUAUAUUCUCAACUCAAGAACCACAAAACGACUAUUAUGAUAUUACAACCACGUCGCAACCGAAACCACCUGCAAUCUUUAACUCAUCUCCGUUCCAACAAACGACGCCUACAGCCCCAAAACCAGAGCCAGUAAGACCAACCCAAUAUCGGCCACUCGCACCUCAAUCCUUCAGCCCUGUGAGAAACGAACCGCAACAGAGACCCCAACCAGCCAGGCUGCAACCCCUUUCAAGCAGACCACAACGCCCUGCAUUCAGGCCCGAGCCGAAACCUUUCGUGGACGAAGACGAUGAAUACAUUCAACCCGUAAGGCAAGUAACCCGUCAACAAGCACCGGCAAAGAGCCAUCCUCAGCAAAAAUAUACUCCAACUAACUCUAGAGAUAAGAAGCCAGUCUCUCAAAUCCUUCGCAAAUACAGGGACGAGAACGAAGAUGGAAGUAUUACGUGGGGAUUCGAAAACGACGAUGGAACUUUCAAGGAAGAAACUAUUGGUGUGGACUGCAUAACUCGCGGAAGUUACGGUUAUGUCGAUCCCGAUGGCGUGAAGCGUGAAUACAAUUACGAAACUGGAAUUGCCUGCGAUAAGGCUAAAGAAGAAAAGGAGCAAAAGGGUUUUGUUGACUACCAAGAAAAUAAAGCAGUUUUACCUAAUGGAAUAACAAUAGAUCUCAAUGCAAUGGGUAAAAAGUCUAAGAGGCCAUUCAGAUCAGCGGGUAAUCUGUAGAAAUUAAGUGCAUAUAAUAUAUAUUUAUUUUAGGAGCUCUAAUUUUAAGACAUUAGUUUGUCUCGUUAUUUGAUUUAGAACCAGUUUGUUCAAACUAGAUUCUAGACCAGCCUGAACUGACAAAUUAAAUGAUAAAAACUUAUUAAGUACUGUUUUUUAUUUUAACUUAUAAUUUCAAAAAAAAUCGUUAACACAACCGUUCUGUAAAGGAGAAUAAUCUAUGUUAUUUAUAAUAAAUAACUUAAAUGGAAAGUUUUGUAGUUUUGAAUAACUGAGGAACUACCAGUCAUGACUAAAAAUAUGUGUGCAAUGUACUAGUAGCU